UGGGGCCCGCGGCGCUGGGCGCGUCAGGGGGAAUCCGGGAGCCGUGGGGCCGCGGGGCCGCCGAGAGGGCCGCGGGGCGGAGCGGGGCGCUGCGCGGAGGGCCGGGCUGGGCCGGGCCCCGCCGUGGCCCGCCGCCAUGGACCCGUUUCUGGUGCUGCUGCACUCGGUGUCGGCCGGCCUGUCGAGCAGCGAGCUGACCGAGCUCAAGUUCUUGUGCCAGAGCCGAGUGGGCAAGAGGAAGCUGGAGCGCGUGCAGUGCGGCCUCGACCUCUUCUCCGUGCUGCUCGAGCAGAACGAGCUGGACCGCGAGCGCACCGGGCUGCUGCGCGAGCUGCUCGCCUCCCUGCGGCGCCAGGACCUGCUGGGGCGCCUGGACAGCUUCGAGGCGGGCGCGGCGGCCGAGGUCUCGUCGGAGGAGCGAGACCUGCGUGCAGCGUUCGACAUCAUAUGUGACCACGUGGGGAAGGACUGGAGAAGGCUGGCCCGCCAGCUGCGAGUGUCUGACGCCAUGAUCGAUGCCAUCGAGGAGAAGUAUCCCCGCAAUCUGACAGAGCAGGUGAGGGAGUCGCUGAGAGUCUGGAAGAACAUCCACAAGGAGGACCCGGCUGUGUCCCACCUGGUGAGGGCGCUCAGGGCCUGCCAGCUGAACCUGGUGGCCGACCUCAUCGAGGACGAUCAGCAGGCCCGGAGCCUCGAGAGCGAGACCAGUCGAGGUGGUGGCACCAGCACCGUGUCCCUGACGUCACGGGACUCAGAUAGGCCGUCCUCGGGGGUCCCCUGGUGACCCAGCGGCUCUUCCCCGGGGGCCUGGGGGCAUCGGCACAGCCCGAACUUUGGUUCCCCCGCCAAGCUUGACCACGUGCCUUCCGCGUGCCAGUGCCGUGAAGUCCUAGCCGUGAGCCGGGACGAGGGACCCAGCGCUCAAGGCCCAGAGUGGCGUCUCCAUCAGAGCUGGCAUUCACUGAGCAUUUGCUCUGUGCCAGACGGGACUUGGGCGCGUACAGAUGCUUUCAUUCGUUCCUCGUGAUCGCCCCAGAGAGGGGGAGUCUGUUGUCCCAUUAAAUGAGGCCCUGCGGGAGGAAGUUUGGGAUCCACAUCCAGCACACAGAGGGACAUAAAAGUCAGCGUUAUCGCUGUCGUCACCAUACGGGUGGGGGGACAGUGCCGAGGCCAGCGGCCGGGCGGUCGGCAGCCGUGGGAAAGCAGGGAGUUGAGCCGGGGCCGUGAGGCUCCAGCGUCCACACGGGCCCACAGGGUCAUUCUGUUGCUCCCAGAGCCGGCCAGAGGCUUUGAGGCCAUCAGCGUAGACCCGUGUACCCAGACAGGUGGCGUGGGGAAAGCUGGUGGGCUCGUGGCCCUUGCGUGUGUCAAGCAAGGGACAGCAAGGCUUAUGAGGACGGCCGGGAGUAACACUGUUAAGUGCUCAGGGGUGAUUGGUACAGAGUCCGUGCUCUACAGAUGUUAGUUCUUAGAAGUAUUAUGACUUCAAAAUCACGACUAUCAAAAUCACUGUUCUGAUAACGGAUUUUAGUAAGGGGGCUGGAUCCUGUAAUUGUAAAGAGCGGUCUUCGUGCUUCGGAGGUAAUCCUCUUAAAGCCUGUGUCUGUACGGUGAGAAGCUGCACAAUACAGAGAAUUUCCCUCCCUGA